CGAUAUGUUUAUAUUCCUCUGUAUUCUCCAGAAUUAAAUCCAAAUGAACAAUUCUUGUCUGUUGUCAAGAGUGAAGUUAAGCGAAAUACGUUUCUUGAAAAAGUGACAUUGAUGACUCGAAAUAGCGAGGCAUGCAAUGGUUUAUAUUUGGACGACUUUUUAAGGGCUUUGUUUCUCAUUCUGCGAGAUGCUUUGCUAAUGGCCUCAGCAAGGAGAGGUUAUAAGGCGACCAAAAGAGAAAGAGAAAGAGAGAGAGAGAGAGAAAGGACCCCAAAGCCAAAGAAAGGACCUCCAGGCCAAAAAAAGAAAGGACCUCCAGGCCAAAAAAAAAAGGACCCACCGUCUACUUCGAUGAGAAAAAAAAGACUACGACGACGUCUCCAAAGUUUACAUGGCAUACACGUCUCUUCCGGUAUAAAGGGGUCGAAACCAGGGCUCAAAGACAAUCAUUCACUUUUUGACCAGCAAGAUGCUUCUACUAUCACAUUGUAUUCAUGUCCUUCGCAUACAAAACUACUUUGA